GGCGCUGGGAAACGUGGGAAACGUGGGGGGGUUGGAUCGCAGCGCAGAAGUAUUUUACAGGGCCUUGGAGGGGUUGUGUGAUUUCGCCCGAGGAUGGUGCAAUGCAAUCCCGCGGUUCGUUGACGUGCCUCUCUCUCUCACUCUCUCCGUUGAUUUUUUUUCUUUGUCUCCGCUCUCCCACAACGGCGCGCACUUGCGUAUUAAAUAUUUUAUGUUUCUCGUACCCCUUCGCUGUGGAUUCGGUUGAAGAAUGCCGAGUCCACUCCGGCUUGGUUGCCCCCUGGAUUUCAAAUCGGCAACGAAAAUGUCGGUUCUGCGAAAAAACAGUGCCGCCGGGUGUGUCAGGCGCAGAAUCGCAGGAAGCUGAGGGGAGAGCAUUGCGACACCGGUCCGCAAGCCAUCUAUCGCCCGCAGCAGAUCAAAACUCGCCGAGGCAGCGGGGACAUCAGAGCAGUCGCACGCAGGCGGGUGUUGACGGAGGUGGCCGAACCUGGGGAGCCGUAACAAGCCGCAGGUACAGUGGAUGUACAAAUCCACCAACACGGGCUGAGAGACCAAUGAAGGUUUGAGUUCGAGAAGGGUUCGAUCCGAGAGACCGGGUUUUGCGGGGGUGGAAGGGCUGACAAACUCGGUCUUGACCCUAAAAAUAGGGAAUGUU